GGGACGCGGGGAGCAGAGGCCACGGUAGACCAACAAUGGCGGCUCUGGACGCGGACAGUGAGGAGGAGGCGGGGGAAUGGCCGCUUUGCGGGACUCCGCUGGAGCCGCUGCCAGAAGACGCUGUGGACAGGAAGAAGCCGCUGCAGGAGCAGACGGUGAGAGACGAACGUGGGCGUUACCAGCGUUUCCACGGAGCCUUCACCGGAGGCUUCUCUGCCGGUUAUUUCAACUCCGUGGGCUCCCGAGAAGGUUGGACGCCGGCAACCUUUGUGUCAUCACGGCAACAGAAAGCUGAGACUCAGCAAUACCGGCCGGAAGAUUUCAUGGACGAAGAGGAUUUGAACGAACAUGGAAUUGCACCAACACGGAUCAGCACCAGGGAGAGCUUCGCCUCCAAGUCCACUGACAAAAUCCGGGACAAGGCGCGAGCGUUGGCUGCGGUGACAGCACCAAUCCCGGAAGCCACCAUCCUGGACGAUUUGAUAUCCCCGGCAAAGGAGACCCUGGGGGUGCAGUUACUACGCAGAAUGGGCUGGAAAGAAGGUCAGGGGCUCGGGCCACGGGUGGGGAGGAAACGACAUCAACGUCAAAAACUCGGUGCUAUUGUGGAGAUUUACGGCUGUGCGUUGCCGGCCACCGGCUCAGAUGGGUCCCAGGAGGAAGACGAUGAUCAGCCCAAUAACGUGACGUUUGCCCCGAAGGAUGUGAUUCCGGUUGUGUUUAGUGUGAAGGAUGAUCGACACGGAUUAGGUUACAGCGGGCUGGACCCCAGCCUCGCCCUGUACACAGCGGCCCCUCGCGGAGACCCUCACCUGCUGGACCUAGGCUCAGAGAGGGCACGCUCUCUACUGGGCGACAUUCACUCCAGCAAAGGCCGGAAACUGGGCAUCACCGGGCAGGGGUUUGGAGUGGGGGCUCUGGAGGAGGAGGAUGAGGAUGUUUACGGCACAGACUCCCUGGCGAGGUACGACCACGUGCUGGGGGAGGAGGAACCUGGGGACAGGCUGUAUGGCUGGACGGCCCCUCGACACGACCGGGCGGCAAUGAGAGGUUCAGCUCAGAGCUCAGCAUUCCUAGGGAAAGUGGUGGAGGGAUUCUCUCCCACAACACAACCAGCUGCUCCCAGACAGGUGUACGAGGCCCCUGAGCUGCCGCGGGGUUACAGCCCGUUCCAUUACUUCAGGCCUGUGGUUACUUCGGGGCUCGGCAGCUCGGCCCUGGCACAGGCUCUGCAGGCGUCCAGCGGACAGCUCAGCACCGAGCCCACAGCCACCGGCCGGCACCAGCUCACCGCGGCUCACAGACAGCAGUGCCUGGGGGAGGCCCCAUUGCCAGGUCCCAGCUCUGUGUUUGACCUCCUAACUGAAAAGGACAAGGAGCGACUGAAGGAGGCGCAGCAGAGAGGUGCCCAGCCCGGUGCCCGUGCUCCAUUGCCUGUCCGGCCGGCACUGACGGGUCCCUGGCAUACACCAGCUUCCAGCGACUCUCUGCACCUGGAGCCUGGAGUGACCGGACAGUUUAAACCCUUCGUAAAGCUGCCUGAGAAACAGAGGAGAUAUGAGAUGUACCUAGAGAGGCUUCAGGCCGGACGCAGCGAUGCACUGGACAGCUGCCUGGAUGCCAGUCAGACGGAGUGGGAAAGGGGCCGGGAACGGGAGGAGUUUGUGCGAUCAGCAACUCUGUUCCAGCCGGUCAACACCGCCCUCGCCUCGCGUUUCACUCAUGCCCGGGUCGAGGACAGUGUGGACACCGUGGAGGUUCCUGCGGAGCAGGAGGGUGAUGUUGAUGACAAAGAGGUGGCUGUGAAGAUGAAGCUAUUCGGGCAGCUCACCAGGGACACGUUUGAGUGGCACCCGCACACAGUGCUGUGUAAACGCUUCAACGUCCCCGACCCCUACCCCGGGGCACCGCUGGUCGGGCUGCUCAAAGUCAAACGUGACAAGUUCUCGGUGUUUAAUUUCUUGACUGUGCCCCAGAACCCCCCUGACCCGGCUGUGUCAGCCUCACCCACAGCCCCCGCCCCAGCCACCGCCCCGGCUCCAAACUGUAUCCGCUCCAAUCCGAGGAGACGUUCCAGGUGGGAUGUGUCAGCCGAGGAGAAGGAGAAGGAGAAAGAUUCCAUCAGUGAAUUCUUGACGUUAGCCCGAACAGGAACACCCCCAGGACCCCAUCCAAACCCACGCGGCGAGUCGGGGGUGGAGCCAGAGAGCACGGAGCCCCUCCCCAAGGAGAUGGACGUUGAGAGGGAACUGGAGGAGAGCAGACCAUCGAUAGACUUGUUCAAAGCCAUCUUCGCAAGCUCGUCAGAUGAAAAAUCAUCUUCCUCUUCCUCAGAGGACGAGGAGGAAGAGGAGGAAGCAGUCACAGAAGCUGCUGUAGCCACACCCCAUCCCUGCCCAGACCCCACAGGGAAGCAGCAAGGAUGUAGGCCACAGGAAGCGGAGUCUCGGGAGGUGGGGUCCAGGCCUGUGGCGGCACCGGGUGGGGAGCAGGAAGCGGCUGAGGAGGAGUUCGGGCCUAAGCUUCCGCCAGCACAUCUCUGUGGAGCUGCAGGUGCUGCCCUGGGGAGCGAGACUCAGACACCACAACCAUCGGCCUCCGUUCAGCACAAAGAGAAACAGAAAAAAAAACACAAAGAGAAGCACAGGGGAAGGAAAGACCCCAAGCACAAGAAGAAGAAAAAAAAGCACAAGAAAGAGCAUCACCGAAGCCGGCCGAGGGAGUGGGAGCAGCUCGGGGGACAGUGAGGACCAGGGCCCUCGCUGCUGCUGAAGAAAUUGGAAGCUAUUCCUGUGAAGCACCGAGUUUGUAUCUAUAGGUAGUGAGCGCUGUCUGAUCGCUUUGUGAGGUUGGCUCUGCUCCUGACUCUCCUUGGCUCCCGGAGACUCUGCCACCAUCCCAGGAUCCAGUCACACAAGAUCCCAGGCCACAGGCUUGGAAAAGAAGCAGUCCAGGAACACUUAAUGCCAGCAAAUCGACCCAGGGAAGCAGCCCAGGGUAGCUGGGCUCUGUUAAUCAUUUCAGCACUGGCUGUCCUACACUACACCAAUCCGACAAAUCAUUUGGCCCUGGUGUGACCGGCAGGAUCCUGGCCUUCAACUCCCCAAGGAUUGCCGCUUGACUAAUGGGUGACCAUUGUUGGGUAGACAUGACUUUCUGGUGAAUUCCUGGGAUAAAUGUAACUAUUUGCUGCUGUUGGAUUUUAUUUUGCUGCAGUGAAACUCUUACAGCACCCAAAGAGUUAAUGGCACAAUGGCCGGAAAACACCUGGAACAGGAGUUCACUAGUCUGCGUGUGAGAGUGUGCGCGUGUGUGUGGGUGGGUGUGUGUGUGUGGGUGGAGGGAGAGGACUUGACCCUUCUCUCCAGCUGAGUGACAGAAUUCCUCCUGUUUCCGUCCCCUUUUCCCUGGGAAUGACCUCUUCCUCAGAGAGGACUUGUAUUUGAACAGAGAGUCUCGCCAUAUUGGAAUAUAAACCAGGAUUGUGUGUACAAAGUUUUCUAGUGUCAGAUGUUGCUGCAAUAAAUGCUUUAAUUACA